GCUCAGUUCGUUCUUGAACGUCCCAUCUGCACUACUACUGGCAGUUGGAAGACAUACCACACGCCGUGUGUGUUUACUUCUCUGUCUUGUCAACAACUAACCGGAACAGAGCGAACAAUUAUCCUUCUAUUGUCCUCCGAGCCAACAUGUCGAAACGAAGUGGGAGAUUAGUCCGAUGUUUGUGGUUGUUUGUGGCCGUGGCAGCUCUCUUUUUCCUGGGCUUCAUCGCAGGCUGGUUUGCAAAGCGCACACAUCCAGGCUAUACAGACACUGCCUCCGGCCAGUAUUUGCAGGAGUUCCUGGGAGAGAUGCAGCCCCGCCGAAUAAGAGAGCAUCUCAGGAAAUUUACACGCCUCCCCCACCUGUCCGGCACGGAGCAGAACCUGAAGUAUGCGGAACAGAUCCAGAGCGAGUGGCGGGACUUCGGCUUGGACUCGGUAGAGAUGGUGCCGUACGACGUCCUGCUGUCCUACCCCAACGCGUCGCAGCCCAACUACAUCGCCGUCGUGGACGCAGAGGGCCGCGAGGUUUUCAACACAUCCCUGGCUGAGCCCGUCCCCGAGGGUUACGAAGACGUUGCCAACAUUGUGCCGCCAUACAGCGCCUUCUCUGCUCAAGGACAACCUCAGGGGGACUUGGUGUACGUCAACUACGGCCGCACUGAGGACUUCUUCCAGCUGCAGAGGCAGAUGGGAAUCAACGUGACGGGAAAUAUCGUCAUCGUCCGAUACGGGAAGAUAUUCCGAGGCAAUAAGGUGAAGAAUGCCAUAUUGGCCGGCGCAAAAGGAAUCAUUUUGUUCUCGGACCCGGCUGACUACAGCGCUGCAGGAGUCGAGCCCUUCCCUGAAGGUUGGAACCUUCCAGGCGGUGGUGCUCAAAGAGGAAACGUCAUGAACAUGAACGGAGCAGGAGACCCGCUCACACCUGGCUACCCAGCUAAAGAAUAUAUCUACAGAUCCCGACUUGAGGAUGGAGUUGGACUUCCCAGCAUUCCUGUGCAUCCCAUUGGCUACCAUGAUGCGUUUCACCUCCUCAAGAACAUGGGAGGACCGAUACCACCAGACAACUGGAAAGGAGCCUUAAACGUCUCCUACAGGAUCGGCCCAGGUUUUACGGAGGAUUUCAAGAACCAGUCAGUGCGCAUGAAGAUCUACACCAACAAUCAGGUGACCAGGAUCUACAACGUCAUUGGAAGGAUUCCAGGGUCCCUGGAGCCAGACCGCUACGUGAUUCUUGGGGGACACCGGGACGCCUGGGUCUUUGGCGCCAUCGACCCCAUGUCGGGAGCCGCCGUGGCCCACGAGAUCGUCCGCAGUGCCGGCAAGCUGCUCAGCAAAGGCUGGAGGCCCAGGAGAACAAUAAUAUUUGCCAGCUGGGACGCGGAGGAAUUUGGACUGCAGGGCUCCACUGAGUGGGCGGAGGACCACGCCAAGCUGCUGCAGGAGAGAGCCGUGGCCUACAUCAACGCUGACUCUGCCAUCGAGGGGAUGUACACGCUGAGGGUGGACUGUACCCCGUCUUUACACACGCUUGUGUACCAGCUGACCAAACAGAUCCUCAGUCCUGAGCCGGGCGAGGAAGGACUUUCUCUCUACGACAGUUGGCACAAGAAGGACAACUGGACGGACGACCGUGACGCCCCCAGGAUCAACAAACUCGGAUCAGGCAGCGACUUUGAGGCUUACUUUGUCCGUCUGGGGAUUGCAGCUGGAAGAGCUCGAUACACCAAGGACAGGAAAAGAGAGCGCUACAGCAGCUAUCCAGUCUACCACACGGUGUAUGAAACCUUUGAGCUGGUGGAGAAGUUCUACGACCCCACCUUCAGCAGACUGAGGACUGUGGCCCAGGUGAGAGGAGGUCUGCUUCUCCUGCUGGCAGACUCCCAGAUCAUCCCCCUGGAUGCCAGCCAGUACGCCCUGGCCCUGCACAAGUACUCACGCAGCAUCGCCACCUUGGCACAGCGCCACCUGGCGGCCAUGCAGGAGCACCAGGUGUCAUUUGACUCCUUGUCCUCUGCAGUGGACAACUUCACACUGGCAGCGAGACACUUCCAUGAGCGACUACUCAACCUGCACACUGCUAAUGCUCUGCAGGUGCGUGUGAUGAACGAUCAGCUGAUGUACCUGGAGAGGACCUUCAUCGACCCUCUGGGGUUACCUGGCAGACCUUUCUACAGGCACGUGAUCUUCGCUCCCAGCAGCCACAACAAAUACGCGGGCGAGUCUUUCCCCGGGAUUUACGACGCCUUGUUCCACAUCGAGCACGCGGCGGACCAGGCCGCGGCGUGGCGGGAAGUCAAGCGGCAAAUCAGCAUAGCGGCGUUCACGGUCGACGCCGCCGCCGUGACACUUACGCCGCCGGCGUGAAGGACCCACAAGAGCUAAGAUGCUAAUUAGCAGAUUUUGGUUUGUACGCCGAUGGAGAUUUGGACCAAUCCUGUUAUAGGCCCCGCCCACUAUUGCUUUAAUCCUUCCAUUUCUGAACAUGCUAUCAAAUGAAUAUAAAAAUAAGUCAUUUUAAUAAAUGAGGUUUAUAUUUGUUAAAUGACAAAACUGCUAAAUUCUAAAUGGAACUUUCUUCCAUUGUUGAAUUGAAUUUGCUCAAAACGCUAGUAAAUAAUUUCAGUAAAAAAUUUCAGUAAAAAAUUUGAUUAAAAUUUUUUAACCUGUGAUUAAUUUAGUCAUUUUAAUUGAGUGGGUUUAUAUUUGCUACAUUUAGGCACAAAAAAUGCCAUCAUUUAUAAAUAGAAUGACAAAACAUUUCAACGUGGCCACAUUUGAAAUUAUUUUUAUACUUUUUUUAAUCAAACUUACAUUUUUGUUUGAUGCUUAACUAAAAAAAUGAGUUAACGGGAAAUAAAUUGUACAAUUUUAACAUUAAAACAUAAAAGGUAUAACUUAACUACGUCCGGGAUUCGAACCGAGUACCACUACUACACACCAGUGGGAAUUUAAUAUUGUUAUCAGUGACGGAGCAGGAAGGGGCUUGGAAUGUCUGCGGUAAAAUUUCAUAUGACGCGCCCUGACAUUCAAUAUUUCUGCCCAACUUAAUUUAGGCACAAAAAAAAAUCAGUUUGUAUCUAAAAUUAAAACUAUUUAAUCACAGCUGCUUUCCCCAUUACAGUUUUUCCCACAUUUGAAAUUUUUUUUUUUAUACUUUUGUAAUCAAACUUUAAUUUAUUUUGAUGCAUGUAGAGAACUAAAAAAAUGAGUUAACGGGAAAUAAAUUGUACAAUUUUAACAUUAAAACAUAAAGGUAUAACUUAACUACGUCCGGGAUUCGAACCUCGUACCACUGCGAAUGUAAUAUUAUCAGUGACGGAGCAGGAAGGGGCUUGGAAUGUCUGCGGUAAAAUUUCAUAUGACGCGCCCUGACAUUCAUCGGUAUUUUACAAUCUGCAAUAUUUCUGCCCAACUUAAUUUAGGCACAAAAAAAAUCAGUUUGUGUCUAAAAUUAUAAGGAUUUAAUCACAGCUGCUCUCCCCAUUACAGUUUUUCCCACAUUUGAAAUUUUUUUUUUUAUAUACUUUUGUAAUCAAACUUAAAUCUAUUUUGAUGCAUGUAGAGAACUAAAAAAAUGAGUUAAUGGGAAAUAAAUUGUACAAUUUUAACAUUAAAGCAUAAAAGGUAUAACUUAACUACGUCCGGGAUUCGAACCUAGUACCACUGCUUUUCAAGACAAACUACUGCUGGGCACCAGUGGGAAUUUUAUAUUUUUAUCAGUGACGGAGCAGGAAGGGGCUUGGAAUGUUUGCGGUAAAAUUUUAUAUGAGUGCCCUGACAUUCAAUAUUUCUGCCCAACUUAAUUUAGGCACAAAAAAAAAUCUGUUUUUACCUUAAAUUAAAAAAAAACUAUUUAAUCACAGCUGCUCUCCCCAUUACACUUUUUCCCAAAUUAUUUUUUUAUACUUUUGUAAUCAAAUUUGAAUUUAAUUUCAUGCAUGUGAAGUACUAAAAAAGGAAAUAAUGGGAACGAAAAUUGUACAAAUAUUUUUUAUGCACCAGUGAGUUUGUUAUAUUUUUAUCAGUGACGGAGCAGGAAGGGGCUUGGAAUGUUUGCAUGACGCACCCUGACAUUCAUUGGUGUUUUACAAUGUGCAAUAUUUCUGCCCAACUUAAUUUAGGCACAAAAAAAAAUCAGUUUAUCUAAAAUUAAAACAAUUUAAUCACAGCUGCUCUCCCCUUUACACUUUUUCCCAAAUUUGAAAUGAUUUUUUUUAUACCUUUGUAAUCAAACUUGAAUUUAUUUUGAUGCGUGUGAAGUACGAAAAAAGGAAUUAAAGGGAAAUUGUACAAAUAUUUUUUUGUGCACCAGUGAGACUGUCACAUUUUUAUCAGUGACGGAGCAGGAAGGGGCUUGGAGUGCGUGCGGUAAAAUGUCAUGCGGCGCUCCCUGACAUUCAUUGGUAUUUUACAAUCUGCAAUAUUUCUGCCCAAUUUAAUUUAGGCACAACAAAAUUAUUUUUGUACCUUUUAAAUUAAAAAACAAUUUCAUCACAGCUGCUCUCCCCAUUACAGUUUUUCCCACAUUCUUUUUGAAAUUAUUUUAUACUUUUGUAAUCAAACUUGAAAUUAAUUUGAUGCAUGUGAAGUACGACAAUGGGAAAUAAAAUUGUACAAAUA